AUGAGGAGGCCUGGAGCACCCGAAGGUUUGUCUGCGGACUCGGAAGAGGACGAGAGGCUUCCGAGCGGGCGCACAAGCCUGCGGUCCGUUGGCUUAGACAACCGCCGCGAUUUCUUCUCGCAGAGUCCGACGCUGGCUGCGUUCGCCGCACCUGGCUCUCCAGUUUCCCUGUUCCGCCGCACCUCUUUCUCCUAUGUCUCCGUCCCGUCUGUCUUCGUUGCGCUUUGCCUCGGUCUCCUCGUCGCUUGCCUCUCUGUCCCAUGUGCUGGCCAGAUUGUCACGUACACCAACCAGUCUGCGCCGGAGCCCCUCCACAUCGCUGCGGAAAAGGGCGCGUUUUUUCUCUACGGCAAAAACACAAAAUUCUACUUCCCCUUCAUCAGCCUCUUCCUCUCCUCGUCUUCCGACUCUCCGCCCGCGCCGACGGUCACGUUCAAGAACGUGCGGUUAACCGCUGAGUCGUCCGCCACGGUUCAGAAGGCCCUGGAGGAGGGACCAACCGAGUCCUCGGCCUCGCCCGCUUUCUCGGCGCGCUCGCCCGCCUCUCUGGAACUCGCCCUCCUGCCGUACGCCUACGUCCGCACGCUGUUCACCUCUCCGACUGCCGCUCCCUUUUGCUGCUCUGCGCAGGCACCCUCUGGCGAGGGCGAGCACCCUUCCUUCUCCAUCCCAACCUCCUUCUCCCCAACGAAUGAGUGCCCGUACCCUGGAGCGCUCAAGCGGCCCAUCACUGGCGAUGCAAUUCCGCUUCUCUCCUCUUCUCUUGGGGCCGAGGGAGGCUCGACGCGAGAGCCGACUUCUCCUCGGGUGCCCGUUGCUGUCCGAGACGCGGCUGUCGCUGGCCAGUAUGUCUGUCCCCUCACCUUGCGCGACGAGGGCGCCGAGACCGGCGAGAGACGCAUCCAGAUGGAGAUUGAAGAAAGCGACAUCUACUUCCUCGUCGCCUCCAACUGCGGCAACUUUAAGGGCCUCACAUUUGAAGGCGAGGUGGCGGUCCGGAACGCGUACGGCUAUCUGCCGGGGUACGAGUACCCCAAGAUUCCCUUCUACUUCCUCUUCAUGCUCGUCUACCUUGUCGUCUGCUUCGUCUGGGGGUGUCUGAUGUACAGACAACGCGCCAACUUGAUCACGUUCCACAAAUUCAUGCUCGUCGUCGCAGUGCUCGGCUUCCUGGAAAGCCUGGCGCUCUUCGUCUACCUGUACGACUACAAUAUGAGGGGUGACCGAAACAAAGUGCUGCUCGUCGUCUCCAUCCUCGUCUCAGUCGUGAAAAGCAUCUUUUCCUACAUGCUCGUGCUCCUCGGAGCAAUAGGCUGGUCCAUCACCGUCCCCGUCCUGGAAAAAAAGACUGUCGUCCGCAUGCAAAUCAUCGUUGUCCUCUACAUUAUUCUCGACACGGUCAGACAAGUCAGCGACGAAUUCAGCAACUCUCACUCCCUGCCUCUUGUUCUCCUCUUAACUUGCCUCAUUCCCAUCUCGACCCUCAACGGAGUUCUCUUCUACUGGAUUAUCUCGUCCAUCAACAACAACAUUGAAAUGCUGCAACAACAGAAACAGCACGAGAAGCUGCUCAUCUACAGGCGUCUAUACGCGGUCCUCCUUCUAGCAAUUGUCUUGGCUAUCAUCGAUCUUCUCUGCCAGAUCUACGUAGCUUCUUGGGAUGCGUCGGACCGAUGGAGAGACCAGUGGUGGUUGAGCGACGCCAUUCCCCACUUUCUCUUCCUUCUCGUCCUCGCCGCAAUGAUGGCCAUAUGGAGGCCUAGCCAGCAAUCCAGACGGCUGGCUUACUUCACAGAGUUGGGCGAUGUGGACGAUCUCGAAAAUCAUCCCGCUCACACAAAGAAUGCGGCGGACUUGCAUGUCUGGGGCGAGGAGCUCGACUUUCAUGACCACUUCUCGGAGGAAGAGCUGGAAGCAGGAAUUCCGAACUUCAAACUGCACUCUGUUGGGUCAAUGAGUGACGAUGGGAAUUUGUCUGACGAGGAUCUGCAAGGAGACGAGGAAGGCUUCCACACCAGCACACAGCUGACCCCAACGUCCUCUCAACGCCUCCCGACGCCGACUCACUCCGCCGGGGAGGGGAAUAAGCCGCAGCCUCAGGUUGUCGGAAGGGAAACGCUGGAUGACGAGGUGGAAAUGACGACGCAAGAUGGCGCGUCGACAAACGGCCGUAGAUUAGAGCAUGGACAGGUAGGGUUGUGA